CAACGCCAUAUUUGCCGUACACUCACUUCCGGUCUGAGACAGCUUCUGCUUCCGCUGCCGGGCGAUCUACUUCCAGGUCAUGCGUGGCAGUUGAAAGAGGAGCGGGAAAAGUUGCAGGGAAUUAAUUUGAUGGUACGUAUUGAUGGCUCUAAAGAAAUCCUCCCUCUCACUGGAAUCCAGUGAGAGUGAUUCUGAGUUGCUGCCAGUAUUUGCCUUUCUCAAGAAGGAACCAUCUUCAACAAAGAGCGAGAUUGUAGUGGUUGACGCCUCAGAUUCUGAAUCCUCUUGUCCUCCAUCUCCAACGCUGAACGAUCCACCACGUGUCCCAGACACAGCUGAAACUGUUACACAAACACAGCCAGUCAGAGUGCUAAGCAGUGCAAGUGAGGAUGAGGAGGAACUUAUUCCCCUGGCUGAGAGGCUCACAUGUAAGUUUUUGACGCACAAGCAGCUGAACCCUGAGGCCUCUAGCUUCCCAGUUAAGAGAGUUUGGGAUCAUCAGAAUAAUGAAGGAGCAUCGUGUGAGUGGAAAACGCAGCCCUUUCCAAAGAUUCCUGAUGUUCCCGUCCAUGACACCACAGAGAGGUGUGCAUCAAAUAACAAGGACCCUGUGGCAGACAAUCGAUGCCAUCAGCUGCCAGGCGACCAAGCUCCCUGCCCUGGCCAGAGCAACAGCUUGACAGGAACCAAAACAAAUGCUGACAUCCCCCUGCCUCAGAAGAGAACCAAGCAUAAUCCGAAGGUCCAGAGGAGAGGCUCUCAGGGAUGCCAGCUGUGGGGACGAGCAAGCCAGAAGGAAGGCGCCCCGAGACAACAGGAAAGGAAGAAGGCCGCGGCGCUGGUUAACAGGCUGGAAGCCCAGAGGCCGGAGGAGUGCCUAAAACACAUCGUCGUGCUCCUGGAUCCAGUGCUUUUACAGACGGAAGGUGGGGGCCAGCUCCUGGGAGCGCUGCAGGCCAUGGAGUGCUGCUGUGUCAUUGAGGCGCAGGCCGUGCCGUGCAGCAUCACCUGGAGGAGAAGGGCCGGGAUGGCUGAGGAUGGAGAGGAGAGCUGGGUGGAGGAGCCGCUGGUCUUGGUGCUGCUCCUGACAGAGGCGUUUGUGUCCAUGAUCUACAACUUCAAGCAGGGAAGUCUGGGCAGCACUGAGAAAGGGAAGGAAACACUUCGGAGCUUUGUAACCGACAUCACAGCAAGGACAGCAGGGAAGGCUCUGUCACUGGCGAUUAUGGAUCAAGAGAAAUGCUUCAGUGCUCCGAAAACUCCAAGGAGAAGGAAACAGAGACUGGCAAACAGAGAACAGGCCAAGGAGAAAAAGAAGCAGAGACCGCCAGAGGCCAACAAAGGACCCGUGGUGUCCAGGGUUGACAUGGAGGAGGCAUUGGUGGAUCUGCAACUACACACACAUGCCCAGGCUCGGAUUGUGCAGAGCUGGAAAGAGCUGGCCGACUUCACGUGCAUGUUCACAAAGGCUGUGGCUGAGGCACCCUUCAAGAAGCUCCGAGAUCAAACUAGCUUCUCCUUCUGCCUCGAGAGUGACUGGGCUAGAGGGAUGAAGGUGGACCGUGCUGGUAGGGGACUUGCUCAGGUCUGGAGGAGACAGAUUCAGCAGCUGAACCGAGUCAGCCUGGAAAUGGCCAGUGCUGUUGUGGCCACCUAUCCCUCCCCGCAGCUCCUGGUCCAGGCUUAUAGGCGGUGUUUUUCGGAGCAAGAACGCCAGAAUUUGCUUGCAGACAUACAGGUGCGCCGUGGGGAAGGUGUGACAUCCACCUCCCGCCGUGUUGGACCACAGCUGUCCCGGCGUAUCUACCUUCAGAUGACUACUCUGCAGCCAGAUCUCUCUUUAGACAGUGUAGACUGAUGGCUAGCCUUCACGGACAGGAUAAAAAGCUGGACAUUCCCACCUCACCCACCUGGGAACGUGAUUACAGUGAAGAGAUUGGAAGCA